AUGCGAAUGAAAGUCCCAGGCCUCGUGCUCCUGCCCUCCUCUGACCCAUCCCGCACCGACGCGUCAAUAGGCGACUCGCACUGGCAAAUGAGCCAGCAGUCCCCUACGAAUAGCUCUGCCUCCUCGUCUUCACAAUCCUCUGCAAUGUUCCCGCUCGCAGGUCGCCCUGAAGAUCCCCACUACCCGGCGUAUCUGCAGACCAGCAGCUAUCACCCGUCCCAUCCCCAGCAUAGUCCCACCGCGAACUACGAGCAGGAGAGGCACGGGCCCCCGCUGGAUUCGCCGCAGGUCGAAGGUAGUAUAGGCCCCAUACGGUCUCAAACGCAAAGAGGUCAUAGGGGGGGACGUCAGGACGUCCGUUGGGGCGGCUCUCCCGGGUCGAGUGGCGAUAAUUCGAACAUCCGAGCCGUCCAGGCUGGGGACUACGUCGAUUCUCGCCCGCAUACUCCCAACACUUUCUCUCGAGUGUAUCGGCACUCUUCAUCCAUGCAUCAAAGGGUACCGGGGCCUGAGCCGCUGCAGAACUCAUGGCCAACGACCCCCAUAUCAUCGCACGUUCCUAACUUUUAUUAUAGUCAACAGACUCACAAUCGAUCGGACUCGACGUCCACUUCGAAUCCGCGCUCAGCCUCACCGGCUCUUAGUAUUGCGUCUGUCAACACUUCGCACUCGUCUGCGGGCUCCGCACCGAAUUCGCACGCCUUUGGCGCUACGUUUCCGCAGCCCCCCGACGGAGGGAUGAUGUCGCCCAUCGUAUCACGGAAACAUCGCAAGCAGCGACUGUUUAACGUGGACCGUCGGGCGAUAUGUGUCUACGCGACCGAAAACCCCCAUCUCAGGCAGGAGGACAUCGCUGCGCAGUAUGGCGUGGAACGGAGCACUAUCAGUAAGAUCCUCAAGAACAAGACCCGUUGGAUGAAGAUCGACCCGGACGAGACUCUCAAAAUAGCUAAGCUUAGACCAACAAAAUUCCCGGAGAUAGAAAUUGAACUGCGCAACUGGUUGUUCGAUGUCAAGGAGCAGAACGUCCAGCUUACCGAUGCCCUCAUACGAUCUAAGGCGCGAGAGGUAGCUCGUGAAAUGGAGAUCCCUGACGAUAAGUUCAAGGCGAGCUCAGGAUGGGUCGAGAAUUUCAAGCAUCGCCAUGGCAUUCGCAAGGGGAUCUGGCACGGUAAUGGGAGAGAGGCGGCCAUCGGACGGGCCAUAGGUAUAUCUUCUGGGAAGUCAGAACCCGAGCCCAAGCCCAAGCCCGCGGACGCCAACAUCCAAUCUCCAGCCAAGGAAGCGGCUAAUAAUUCUUUAACUUCAUCCAACGAAAGUGCCCUGUAUACUAUCGAAUCCGAAGACUCUCCAGAGCCGGUUAGCCAACAUCCAGCGGAUGGUCAUUCAUUGUCGCAGGCGUCUGGCACGACCGGCUUGCAAGCGGCUUGGCAACCCCAGCCGCAGUCUUUUGGGUUGCCGUCGCCACCGGCAAGCGUACAAGGGUCCAUGCCGCAGGCGGUUGAGCACCCUCAACCCGCUCCAGAAACCGCCGGUCAUUAUUGUCCUCCUGGUCCUAUGGCACCCCAUCAGGGUCAUCAUGUAGUCCCUGAGCCACCCACUCAGCAAGACAUGGUCCCUCACGCUCCUGCCCCUUAUCCUGCCCUAUUUCAAAAUCCUGCAGCGGACCUGCCGCAACCUCAGAUGUCACCGCCUGUGCCGAACGUGGUGGAGGCUCGUAGCGCCAUGAAUACUGUGCUUAGAUGGGUCGAUGCUCAGGGAGUGCACAUCCCCCCGGAGCACCGGCAAGCUUUGGACUUCCUCGCACAAGUUCUGCAGCCCAGGCCCGGCGCUGGUCACUACGGUGAUCGAUAAUCCGCUAUAUCCAUCUUUCAUGUUAUGAAAAGCAAUCGCCUCGAGUUAGUCGGCAGUUCUCUCAUCAUCGGGAUCAGGGUUUCAGUUAUGCCUCCCCUUUCUUCUCUCGACUUCAUAAUUAUGCCUGCAUCCGUUCGUCAACCCCCAUGUGUUCCAUUAUCAUUCAACCACUUCAUCAUCAUCCAUCCCAAGUUCAAUCCAUGGCAUUGCAUCAUUCAUUAGCCUCAGUCGCCCUCACAUCGCAUUUGUAACACUGCAAUACCCUGCAUGCAAUUUCCGUGUUUCGAGCAAUCAUCAG